AUGCAACUUCUAAGCCUUCUUUUCGUCGCUGCGCUGGCCGUUGCGUCCCCUGGUCCAUCCUUGUACGCCAGGGCUGCGGCCACUGAUGCAUGCAAUGUUGGUUACUGCACACAGAAUGGCGGAACAACUGGAGGAGCUGGUGGCAAGCAAGUGACAGUCAAGAGCCUCAGCGAACUGACUGCCGCGGCUAGCGCUGCUGGUGCUGCCGUCAUCUUUGUCGAGGGCAGCAUCUCGGGAGCUGCCAAGGUUCAAGUCACAUCAGACAAAUCCAUCAUCGGAAAGACUGGCAGCUCUCUUACCGGCGUUGGCCUCACCAUCAAUGGACAGAAGAACGUCAUCGUUCGCAACAUGAAGAUUUCCAAGGUCGAGGCCGACUACGGUGAUGCCAUUACGAUCCAGAAGUCUACCAAUGUCUGGGUCGACCACUGUGAUCUUUCUGCUACUAGAUCUGGCGACAAGGACUUCUAUGAUGGUCUUGUUGACCUCUCGCAUGCUGCUGACUGGGUGACCAUCUCAUUCACCUACCUCCAUGACCAUUCCAAGGGAUCGCUGGUCGGACACUCCGACAAGAACGCAGCUGAGGACACUGGCAAGCUCCACGUGACCUACGCCAACAACCACUUCUACAACGUUCGCAGCCGUGGACCUCUUCUCCGAUUCGGCACCGCCCACAUCUUCAACCAAUACUACGACACCAUGGAUACCGGCCUGAACAGCCGCAUGGGUGCCCAAGCGCUCAUCCAGUCAUCUGUUUUCACGAAUGUUGGAAAGAAGGCCAUUUUCAGUGAGUCGAGCUCGGAAAUCGGUUAUGUCGUUGCGGAGGAUGUUGUUCUCGGCGGUGAGAGCCAGAACACGGCCAGCAAGGGAACUUUGACCUCUGUUCCCUACAAGUUUACCCUCCUUGGCUCGGGCAAGGUGGCUUCGACCGUCCCAGGUGAGGCUGGCCAGAAGCUCAGCUUCUGA